AUGUCCCAGCUUUAUUCCUUCAAGGCUGUAGAAGAUUCCUUUCAGCAACCAAAUGGUAAUGCUUCAGAGACGACUUCAUGUCCGCUUUUAUUCCUUCAGGGCUGUGAAGAUUCCUUUCAGCAGCAAAUAAUGCUUCAGAGACUUCAUGUUCAUUUGUUCCCAAGGCUUUAUUCCUUUCAAAAUGGCUGUGAAGAUUCCUUUCAGCAGCAAAUAAUAAUGCUUCAGACGACUUGUCCCAACUUUUCCUUCAAGGCUGUAGAAGAUUCCUUUCAGCAACAAAUGGUAAUGCUUCAGAGACGACUUCAUGUCCCAGCUUUAUUCCUUCAAGGCUGUGAAGAUUCGCUUUCAGCAACAAAUAAUAAUGCUUCAGAACGACUUCAUGUCCAGCUUUAUUCCUUCAAGGCUGUAGAAGAUUCCUUUCAGCAACCAAAUAGUAAUGCUUCAGAGACGACUUCAUGUCAGCACGUUCCUUCAAGGCUGUAG